GUGUGGGAUCCCUGGCCGGUGUAAACAUUGAUGGCGCCGUGUAGCAGCACCAUGGAGGACCAGCAGCCGGAGCCGAAUACCGCAACUAGGCCCAGGUUUACUGUGCCCAGAAAUGUUCUCGAUGCUUUUGGAAGUUUAGUGACGGAGGACACGCAUCGGCAGGCUGAAGCAGCCAUCAUUAUUCUCAAACAUGCAGAAUCUAGCCAGGCGGACCACGAGGAGACUGUGCUAUCUGAUGACAUUGCAUACAUCGUCAAGCGGCUUGUCAGUGGGCUACUAUCAAGCAGGCCAAGGGCUCGAGAGGGUUUUUACACUACACUACAAGCAUUGCUGCAGCUGCAACCUUCUGUUGUUUCCUUGGUUUUCCUCACCGUUACAGAAAAAUGUUGUCUCAAUAAUGCAUUCAGUAAAGAUGAAGCCAAGGAGCAAGUUGUGGGAGAACUUCUAGCUUAUGGUGCCCUGAUUCGAUCUGGUCAAGCAAAUAGAAACUCUGAGAUGCUAUCUAAAAUAAUAUCCAGACUGUUUCAAAUAAGGCAGAUGAAGACUUACAUGGACACAAUGGCCACUCAGUUUUUAGUCCAACUUAUGAAAAAAUGUGAAGAUAAGGCUGUUUACAUGAAUAUAUUGACCUAUAUGGAGAAAGAGAAAAAUACAUCUGUAAAGGAUCUCUCUCCUUGCUCACUAUGGCUUCGCCUAGCAUUACUGAAGAAUCAGAGGCAUAAGUUUCCAAUGUGGCUCACUUCAACGUUAAAUCCAGACAAUUAUUCAGCUAUAGGCCAUAUUGUAAUGCAAACAACUGCAGAUUUUCCUAAGGUUCAUCCAUUGGUGGAAGAUGUUAUUCACAGCCUCACAUCUGAUCAUCAUGUGACAGCCACUAACUUGGAGAAGUUUUGGGUGGUUGGAUUAGCACCUUAUUUGGAGUGUCCUUCAACAGGAAAAAUACAGUUGCUCUUUAAUGUUUUGCAGUUAGUGCUUCCAAAACUGGGAAAGGGGUCUGAGGUGGCUGCUGUGGUUUCUGGCUCUUUGGUUGCUCUGUUGCUAACCACAGUCUCCAGACAUGAUCGGGAUCUUAGUUUUUCUGCUCGUGGCCUUGCAUCUGCAUUAUUGCAAUUGGUUGCUGCAAACCAAGAUGAAAGCAGUGAUGUCCAACUGGCUGUUGUGAAAGCACUAAUUCUUCCUCCUGGUAGUGUGAGAUUUGACCAGCUAACAGGGACAAAGUUAUUGGCUCAAAUGAAAAAUCAUUUCACAUUAACUACUAUCAAGGGCUUAGCAAAAGUUUUGAAAAUGAUUAUAAUAAAGAAAAUAAGGAAUGUGAAACCUGCAGAUCAGAACUGUGCAGCACAUGCUUUGAGGCUCUUAGCGGCACACCCGAAGGUGUCGAGUGAAAAUCAUCUGACAUGGAGGAUUCAGCAGCUGAAGGUUCUCAUGAAAGCAGCAUUCUUCACUUCAACUGAUUCUAAUGAUCUUCAGGACUUCAGAGAUGCAUUCUUUAAAACUCUUGCUAACUUUACUGGACACAUUAAUGAAUACAAAUCUGUAUUGCUGGACAUUGUUAAUGUAGCUGAUGAUGAGUUACGAUUGCGUGAAACUGCUAACACCUCACCUCUAAAUGCAGAGGCAAAGAAACUCUGGCCUCAAGUGUUCAAGAAGAUAUGUGUCCUUCAGGGAGAGCAAGAGCAAGCAUCCAAAGCUAACCCAGUUUUUCAGGUUUUGUAUUGUCAGAUGUGUCUCCAUCUUUUCAUUGAUCCAUCAGGUGCAAAAGACAUUAUAGAAGAACUAAAUGCAUGCCAUAAAAAAGUAAUGAAAAUGUCAGAUAUUAAGAAGAAGCGAGGAGCAGAGGUAUCAAUGAGGGAGCCGUAUUGGGUGGAGGUGAUAACAGAACUCUUGCUUAGCCUUUUGACUCAAGAGAAAAACUUCUUUAGGUCUGUCUCACAAGGAGUAUUUUGGUUAAUGUGCCCAGAGAUGACGCACACGGCCCUUACUAUCCUCACAGAUGUCUUGGAUCCUUCAAAGACACAAGAGUUAAUUAGGAAAGAAAAUGAUGACAAUAUUGCAAUAAACAAUUAUGAAAGUGUGGACCCUGAAGAGGCAGAGGGAACUGAAGAUGAAGCAACAGAUUCAGAAAAUGAAGAUGAAGAUGAUGAAGUGCAGUCAGAGUCAAGUGAGGAGGCUGAGGGUAAUGAAAUAGAAGAUGAUAUGGAAGCUGAUGAAGAAAAUGAGAAUGGAGAGGAUGGAACCAUGAGUAUUUUUGACCUCAAGAAAAAAAUGUUGGCUGUUACUGGUAAUAUUGAUGAGGAUGUUGAUAUGGACAGUGUUCCACAAGAAGAACUAAACAAUUUAGACAGGAAGCUGAGUGCUCUCUUGGGAGAAUAUCAAAACAAGCAACGGAACAAAAAAACGGGAGCCAUUGAAAAAUUACCCAAGGAUGAGAAGAGCAUCAUGCAUUUCCAAACCAGAGUUUGUGAUUUGAUUGCGGUUUACAUUAAGAAAGCUCCAUCCAUGGGCAUGCUCCUGGGCUUAGUUAAUCCACUCUUCAUUGCUCUCUACACUGCAGAUCAAGAUAAGAGGCAAAAAGACCUUCAGAACAGACUCAGGCACCUCAUACAUCUGCUGGGAAUGGUAAAGAAGUGUGAUAGCUUAGGGGAUGCCACGAUUGAUGUACUGAUGGACACCUUGAACACUUUCUUCAUCAAUGCUUCCAGUAUGCCUGAGAGCUUCACUGAUGUUGUAAGAGAGUGCUAUUCAUUGCUGCAUCGAUUUGGCUCCCGACUCCUGGGAGAGGGUAUUCACAAGCCAGACAACCCUCUAGUUAAGGCCUUGACAAAUCACAUGGGUUCCUUUUUUACAAAAAGCACUGGCUCGGUGAAGGCGCAUGCAUUCUUAGGUCCUUGUUCUUAUGAUUAUGGAGGGUUAUGGAACAUUGUGGAACUUGUGAUGAAGUUUGCUUUUGACUCUAAAAUCAAAAUAUAUCGACGAACUCAGGCAUUGCAAGUGAUACAAAAGUUAUAUCAGAAUAAGGCCCUUGUGGCACAAGGAAAUGAAGAGUAUGCAGCAAGGAUUGAAACAGAUCUAUCGACAAAAAUAUUGAAUACUCUGAAUUUAUUCAAGACCCCUGAAUCAAUAAAUGGUCAAUACAUGUCAAGUCUUUUUACCCUUCUUGUUGUCAUCUAUAAGAACCAUUCAGUGAGAGGUUCACAGAAAAACUUCAAUUGGCAUGAAAUAAAAGAUGUGGUACCAACAAUCCGUCAGUGUAUUUCAAAAAGAACUCUCAAGUCAUUCAGAAAGCAGUAUAAUAGUCUUCAGCAGACUCUUAAACUGCCAAAACUGGUGUACACUAUUAAAAAUUGUGAUGAAGCAAAUGCUGCACCCUUGCGUGAGAAACACAGCAGUGAUAAUAUUUCAUUGAAGAAUUCUAAAGACACAAAAAGCAAUAAUAGAAAACGAGCAGGAAAUUUUGAAGAUUCUAAAAACAAGAAUGGGAAAAAGCAAAAGGUGCAAAAUCCAAGCUUGAGAGUUUAAAAUCCACACAUUGUCAACACAGAAAUAAAAAAACAAGAAAAUAAUUAAGUGGAAACAAAAGCAUAAUUGUGUAAGUAGAUGAGGAAGAGCCAUGCUGGUUCAGCACUGCUUUAAGAUAAGAAAAACAAAUAGCAGGAUAAAGUUUUUUCAUGGAUCAUUGUGAAUUUUGUGUUACCAUUUCAUGGAUCAUUGUAAAUUUUGUGUUAUCAGUGAUAUUGAGGUCAAUUAAAUUCUGUUGUUAAUUAUUAAGGAUUUUCCUACAGCUCAUGUUAUUCACCACAAUAAAGUCUUUUAUAUUUA